AUGAGUGACUUCCAGUAUCAAGGUCCUCUAGAAGACGACCCUGUUACCACCAUAGCCCGUGGUCUCCGCGAGAAACGACUGCGAUUCACCAAAAAGAUACCGAACGAUCACGACAGCAAUAUCUGCUCACCAAGAGACCGUCGCAGUGCCCUUUCCGUAUUCGACGAAGCCAUCGAAAAGAUCUGCGAAGACAACCGCCUGGAAGUAACUACCGAGGCCGACUACAAGAUCAGGACCCGCAGUAUGCAGAGCCACGCAUCGAAUGGCACGACGAUGCAUACAACUAUCACUCAACCUGGAGGUUGCAGCAUUGGCGCAAAGACGGCUGGCCUGACUCGUUUCCUGAGAGGGCCAUUCAGAAAGAACGAACUAUGCAAGGGGAGCCCAGAUCUUGGAAAGAUCAAGAUUGGGCGGAGCCUGGAGGACUAA